AGCCCGAGGAGCCAUGGUAUCCCCAUGAGCAGUGGUAGCCCUAGGAGCCAUGGCAGCCCCAGGAGCCAUGGCAGCCCCAGGAGCUGUGGCAGCCCCAGGAGCCAUGGCAGCCCCAGGAGCUGUGGCAGCCCCAGGAGCUGUGGCAGCCCCAGAAGCCAAGGCAGCCCCAUGAAUGGUGGCAGCCCCAGAAGCCAUGGCAGCCCCAGGAGCCAUGGCAGCCCCAGGAGCUAUGGUAGCCGUGGUAGCCCCCGGAGCCAGGCAGGGGAUGCCGGAGGGAGCCCCAGGGAGGAGCCCUUCCUGCCAGAGGACCUGGAAGGAGGCAGCAUUCCCAGUCCUGCACCUUUCCCAGCCUGGGAGUGUCCCCUGUGCGAGCCCUGGGAUGUGUGUGAGCACAUCCCCGAUCCCGACAGUGCCGGCGCCGAGGUGGGACGGGGAGAAAUUCCAGCUUCUCCCAUCCCGUGGGACGAGCCCAGGGAACUCUCUGGAGAGCGUCUGGAGUUCAGUGAUGCUGAGGAUAUUUCGGAUCUGCUCUCAAGGGAAGAGCAGCUCCCAAGCCAAGACACACGUGAGGGCUUGGCCUUUGAAGAGCCACUGGAGAAUUCCUUUGGUGACUCAGACCAGGAAUAUUUUGAGGGGAAUUCUCGCUCCCCUCUUCCAAGCAGGAGUUCCUGCAUCAUGAGAUCCACGGAUGCUGCAGGAGCAAGGACUACCUGGGACAGCUCCUCCAGGAGCUCCGUGCACACAGAGGAGCGUGGGGAGGCCUGGGACUGGGACACCCCCAGGGAUUACGGGAACUUUGUGGUCACCAGGCAGUGCCAGGAGAGGAUGGAACAUUUCCAGCUUCCCAGGAGGCGCAGCCGCCGUGCCCGGGAGUCUCACCUGGCCCGCUCCCUGAUGGGAACCUGGAGGGGCUUUGAGGAAAUCACCCAGAACACUUUGGACAUGGAGUGUCUCCGCUUCCAUUAUAAGCUAAAAGAAAUCCUAAGGAACGGCAAACCCCCCUUUUCUACCUCCAAAAGCAUCUUCCCAACGAACUUUCCUCCCCGCCACGCCCCCAUCCCGCUGUCCCCGCGCAGCAGGAGCCCCUUGCGGGUGACAAUUCCCACCUCGGGCGCGUGGCCGGACGGGCUCCGCUCCCACAGGGACGCUUGGGCCAGCAGGAGAGGCCGAUGCCGGGCCGGGAGCCGGCACGCCGGGGCUGCCUUGCGCCUGGGCAGGCUGCGGUACGAGCACGCCCCGCCGGAGCCGCGCGGGGACGUGGCCGGCAUCCUGGACGAGUUCUCCGAGUUCCAGAGGGUGCUGCGGGCCGGGGCCGAGCCCGGCGGCGCGGCCCCGGCGCGGGGGGAGGCCCAGCCCGGCCGGACGGCGGCGUUCCGGGGAUUGGUGACGGAGCUGUGCGGGGCCCUGCGCUGCCACCUGCGCCGCGUGGCCGCCGGCGCGCGGCCCGGAAUGUUCUACCUGCUGGAGACUGGGAAGGAGCCCUUCUUCGACAGGGUGAAGGCCCUGCUGAAGGCAGCGGGGUUUGUGAGGAUGGAGCCCCUGAAGUUCUGCAGAGCCCAGCCCCGGGACAGCGAGCGGCUGCUGGUCAUCGUCAGGAACGAGGACAUCGCCUCCCACAUCCACACCGUGCCGUGCCUGCUGGAGCUGAAGCGCUGUCCCAGCGUGGUGUUCGCCGGCGUGGACGACCCCGAGGAGGUGACAGGUGACACAUUCCAGGAGCUCUUCCAGGCCGGAGGAUUCGUGGUGUCUGAGGAGGAGCUGCUGGAAAGGGUGACCCUGGGCCAGCUGAAGGAGGUGGUGAAGGUGCUGGAGAAGCUGAACAGGAGCGGGAGGUGGAAGUGGCUCCUGCACCACAGGGAGAGCAAGAAGCUCAGAGGAGACCUCAGCAGGGACGAUGCCAGUGUCCAGAAGAAGCAGCUGCUGCUGAGGUGGUGCCAGGGGGCAGAGCUGCUGGAGCUGCUGCCCUUCCACGGCUGCGACUCGGCGGCCGAGCCCCGGCGCGCCCAGUGCCUGCUGGAGCUGCAGGCGCGGCACGUCCGCGCCAGGUUCGCCGUGUACCUCACAGAAAAUCCCAGCAGCAGCUGCAGGGAGAUCCUGGAAAGCAAAGGGAUUCUUGUGGCUGACAUCAGCACCUUCCUCGGGACGGUGCAGGAAGUGGCUGCUCCCUUCAGAAGAAGCUACUGGUGACAAAGUGAAGCCACCAGGACACGGCUCCUCCCCAGGCCUGUGGGGGACAUCCCCACCAUCCCAAUGGAUUCCCACCAACCAUCCCAGUCAAUACCAUCAAUCCCAGUGGAUCCCAGUGAUCCCACUGGAUCCCCCACCAUCCAUCUCAAUCAAUCCUAUUACCCAUCCCAGUGGAUCCCAGCCACUGCUGGGGGUGGGGGAAAGUCAGUUUCAGCUCUGUACAGAAAUCUUAUUUAAAGGUGGGAAAUGCAAAUCCUCAGGGGAUUCAUUCCCUGCCAUCCAGUCUCACAUAGGAAAGGAUUUUUUUAACGGUACAGGUAAAUUUUUGGAGUGGUUCCAAGUCUUUUCGUGCAGCUGCCGCUGGGGCAGGCAAAUGAAUUUCCCAAAGUCUACUUGAAGAUUAGGAAGGAGAACAAAUCCCUUUUCCAUGUGGCUGUUGCUGUUCAGGCCCACACUACAUUUCAGCUCACCCCCGUUGCCUCCUGGUACCGGUUCCCUGCUGGGACUCGAGGAAUCCCAGCACGUGGAAUCAGGAACAAAAGAAGCUUUUAUUUAUGGGGGACGCGGCGCGGCCGAGCCCGCUCCCGACCCGGCUCCGCGGGGCUGCAGAGUUCCUUUAGUUCGUUUUUAAAUCCAAGACUGCGAGGCCGUUCUGUACAGGAUGACUUUGUACAAAAAAAGAGUUUGAUUAAUAAAACCUCCAAAAUAA